AUGGCCCCCUCGGCGCAGUACCAGCCGCUGGCCACCGACGACCGGGACGGCGCGUCAAGCCCGACGUCGUACCCGCCGUCGCCGGCGACCGCGCCGCGGUCCUCCCGUAGGAAACGCGUCUCGGCGGCCCAGGUCGCGCGGUACGUGCUCCUCGGCGCGCUUGCGUUACUCGGCGUCCACUCAAUCUACGUCUUCUCGGCGCGGCAGUACGCGCAGCGCUUUGGCGCCUCCGGCCUAGCCGCCCCGCCGCCAGGGCUGAACAUGAGCAGUGUCGCGGGCGGGCUGGUGCGCGACGCGACGCCGCUGCGGACCGUGUCUGCGUUUUUCCAGCUCGCACAGCAGGAGGUCGCCGCGCGGGGCUUGGACACGGAUAACGACAAGCUGGGCAAGUCGCUCGUCGACGCGUACGUCCGCGCAAGAGUACCCUACUGCGGCGCCGAGGUGCACCCGGUGCAAGAGAACAACAGCACCCACACGCACUGGGCGCCCGGCGGCCUGAUCAGCGCGCACAACACGGUCCCAGCCGCCGCGGCGGCCUGCUUCCCGCUCCACCACGACGAGUUCGCCAAGUGGUGGCCGUACCCGCACGCGCCGUGCAUCUCGACCAACCUCCGCGCGGUGGCGGGCGCCGGGCGCGCGUUCGUCGCGCCCGGGUGUGACCUCUCGGCGCAGGGCCAGGCGCUGCUGCAGGACAUGGGCGACGAGCGGUUCCUCGGCAAGGACAUCGAGGUCGUGCCCGUCGGCAGUGAGCGCGCGCGGUGCAAGAGCCGCAUCGAGCACACGCUCAUGGUUGUCGGGCGGCAGGACCAGUGGAACCCCUUCCACGUCGCAGAAGACCUAAUCACCACCGUGGUGGUCAUGCUCGCGUCCGCCGCCGCGCUCCCGGACCUGAUCGACCGCCGGCUCCAGCUCGUCUUCAACGACAAGUUCGGCAUGGACGGCAACCACUUCACGCCGCUGUGGGACCGGGUCGGCGCGUGGGCGCCGCGCCGGCUCAGCCUGGACCCGUGGAUCGAGGGCGAGUGCUCAGUGACUAACACUAUCCACUCGGUCGGGGCGGGCGCGUCGCUCCUCUCCGCGAUGGGCGUGGACAACGAAUUCCGCGCCGCCUCAACAAUAACAUGGGCGGCAUCACACUACUACCGGCACCUAUUCGGCCUCUCGGCGCGCUCGCUACAGCCCAAGCCCGCUCCUGCCGCACGGCGCCCGCUCAACGUCCUCUGGAUCUCGCGGGCCAAGCUCGACGCCGUCGCCGAGGCGCAGAACGACAUGAGCACGUGGCGCGGGGUCCGCGUGCUCAAGAACGAGGGCGAGGUGCUCGAGCGCAUCAGGCGGGGGUUUUCCGAGAUGUGUGGCGGCGCGGCCAGCUGGUGCGCUUUCCACGACGUGCGUGACGAGCCCGAGGGGUGGGGCGUUGACGGGGCCGUGGCGGGCGGCCCGACGCCGGUGCGGUUUGCCGCCAUCGACCCGACGGUGCAUGCGCUCGAGACGCAGAUCCACUAUGCCGGCCAUGCGACCAUCAUGGUCGGCCAGCACGGCGGCGCGCUCGGCCUCGGCCUGUUCCUGCCCCCCGGCGACGCGGCCAUCAUGGAGCUCCAGGUCGACGAGGCGCGCGCAAACCACCACUUUGAGCACCUCGCCUAUGAGACCGGCCAGCGGUAUGAGAUGGUCGAGAUCCAGGUCAAGGUCGACGCGGAGCGCCUCUGGGAGAGAAUAAAGGCCAUGGUGGAGACAAUGGCCAAGUAGAGGACGACACACCAUCCUGUAUCAUCA